CCGUAGAGCCUUCUUCCUGCUUCCCCUGUUCCACUUCUACGAGCUGCCCAGCGGGCCUCAGAGCUCAUUCGCUCUCUUCACACUAACAGGCAACUCGAGAAAGAUGACACACCAGGACUUUGUUGAGCUCCGGCGCGUCCUGUCUCUCGAGAACGUAUUCUCAGUGACUGUUAGGAGCAGUAUUAUGGGGUUUCUGACUGAUUUAAACAAAAGCAUUGCCCAGGGAGAGAGAUGUCUGGUUGUGAAAUGGGCAGCUGGUAUGUUGUCGGGUGUCUGGGAAACCCACUGGGGCUAUCCUCGAGUUAUUGGUAAGGUUCUUGCCCGAGGUGGAUAUAACAGUUUGCUCACUAUAUAAAUACAUGACCACAGCCUAGUGCAGAGACUUCAAAUACCACUCGAUCUAUAUGCAGUACAUACUAUAGUGUUUAGAUAUUAUGUGGAAGUGCAUUUACAACCAAGAACAGGCAGUACUUUACCCAAAGAGUGGUAAGAGUAGGAGUGUAGAACAUGCUACCUGACCAGUUGUUGAAGCCACUAUGGUACUGUAGCUUCUUUUGACAACCAGCUGGGUCCUGGGAUCAAUUAACUACUAACUACCAACCUGCAAAUAAUGGGCCUAAUGGCCUCGGCUCAUUUGUAACCUUUGUUAUGUUGUUAAAAAGCCCGACGUCAACGCUUUUGGAGAACCUGUUACUAGUGCUUUCGGAAGGGACGAGUGACGGGGCCUGGGAAGCAGCUGAGAACAUCUGGCGCUUCUGUCGAUGCGGUGACGGGCAAACCGAUCACGUGACGGGGAUGCCGUUGCGGCAUUGGCUAGUCUUCCGGCGCACCCUCGUCACGUGUUCGGGGCGCGUCAGCGAAGAGCGAUAACGGAACAGAGUACUGCUGCCGUGUUGAUGAGGGAGAGAGCAUCCCUUACGAUCAAAACAUUAAAUAAAUUAAGGCAGGGUUCCGCCCAGUUUGUGGAUGAACCUGCACCAAAGGAAUGAUACGCACAGAUCAGUAAGGGCGUGUUUGCUGUGGAGUUUUGCACCAUGACUCCUAGGUCUGUGAUCCUGGCGCUCCCUUCCUGCUGUGGAGACCCGCAGGACACGGCUGGAUUCUGAGCUGGGCUUACCCCCUGGUGUGGCAUCUGCGCGCUCAUGUCUUCUUGAGGGCCAGUUUUCGGGGGUCUGGAGAAGGCGUCUGCUGCUGCUGUUCCCGGGUGUCUGCGGCGCUGCCAUGAGCAGCGAGCUCAACGUGCCGAUGGGCUCCCCGGCGCCCGGAGCCUCGGAGCGCCCGCAGGAUGGGGGGAUGGACUACCGGGACUGGGUGCGGCGCAGCUACCUGGAGCUGGUGACCUCCAACCACCAUUCGGUGCAGGCCCUGUCCUGGAGGAAGCUGUACCUGAGCCGCGCCAAGCUCAAGGCCUCGUCACGCACCUCCGCCCUGCUGUCGGGCUUCGCCAUGGUGGCAAUGGUGGAGGUGCAGCUGGAGAUGGAGUACAACUACCCGCGGUUCCUGCUCAUCGCUUUCAGCGUGUGCACCACCGUGCUGGUGGCUGUGCACCUCUUCGCCCUCCUCAUCAGCACCUGCAUCCUGCCCAACGUGGAGGCCGUGAGCAACAUCCACAACCUCAACUCGGUCAGCGAGUCGCCCCACGAGAGGAUGCACCGCUACAUCGAGCUGGCCUGGGGCUUCUCCACGGCCCUGGGCAUCCUGCUGUUCCUGGCGGAGGUGGUGCUGUUGUGCUGGAUCAAGUUCCUGCCCGUGGACUCGGGCACCUCGCCCGGCAGGAGCAACGCCACCGUGCCCGGACACAGCGGCUGGCAGGCGGCCCUGGCCUCCACCAUCAUCAUGGUGCCGGUGGGGCUGAUCUUCGUGGUCUUCACCAUCCACUUCUACCGCUCGCUGGUGCGCCACAAGACGGAGCGCCACCACCAGGAGAUCGAGGAGCUGCACAAGAUCAAGGUGCAGCUGGACGGCCACGAGCGCGGCCUGCAGGCUGUGUGAGAGACCCAGCUGCAGGGCGGGCAGUCCGCCAGGGGCCCCCGCCCCCCACACAUCCUCUGUGCAGCAGUGGCACAGCUGGGGAGGUGGGGAAGAGUCCCUUGAUCUCUGUGUGCUGUCAGAAUGUUUUCCACUCUUCAGCGAAGUCAACCAGGCACGUGGCGAGGUGUGCGGGUAGUCUCGCCCUGCCUACUUUAAGGAUUCUCUCAAAAACAAAAUGUUUGUAAGCAGCUUUAAGGGCUAUUUAAAAAAAAAGAUUGAAGUUGGAGGUGCGCCUUUUAAAAUUCAUUUAGUUUCUGUAUUUAAAGCUCUGUCCUUAACUGCCCUAGAGCAAAAAGGAACAAUAGUUAAAGUACAGAUUCUGGGAAAAACUGUCGAAAAUGAUGUUGCAAACUCAACCACUCACUCUUUGUUUUUGUUCAUAACUUCCCUUUUUUGCUUGUAAAAGCAAAAGCACUUUUUAAUAGGAUUAGUUUUAUUUAGCAAUUGAUCUGGGCCUCAGAUGUCUAAGAUCCAGGAAAUGAAAGUGUAAAACAGUUCUUAACCACUCUGGAACACGUUAUAUCCGCCUCAAACUGUACUGCACACUGAGAGCAUUUCCUGUUUGUGGGGUUAAGGCUCUUCUCUGUUGUUGUUUGUGCUUAAUUGUUUUGCCAAAUCAGCCAUUUCAGCAGAAACAACUGAAAAGAAAAGCUGCCAAUCUUUUUUUCCUCCUGGAGUGAGUUUUGCCUUUUGCAGUGUGGGGGCAUUUCACCAUUUUCCAGCCACCCGAAAUAUGUAAAAUGUGGAAAAUGAGAAUGCAUAGGCUAGGAUAAGAACAGGUAUGACAGGAAAAUGAAGAUGAAUGAUGUGAUGGGGGGGGAAGAGCCAAUGAAACUGUGACUUUUAAUUACAGUACAUUUGUGUGAUCUCUUCUGCUUCUGUAUAGACAGAGAUGGUGCAUUUGCAUAAUUCAAAUAAAUCUGCAGUCUGCUGUUUCUUAAAACACUGCAACACACGGAGAGGAUUUUCCUUAGGGCUCUCUUAUUUUCCGCAAACAGACUUAUCUGUUUACUUCCCUUUAAAAUGCCCUUUAAGUCGGCUGUCAUUUUGCAAUUUGCAUGCUUGGUGUCACUUGUGACUUGGCAAUUCGACUCUUGAUGUAAACAUUAAACAUGUCUGUGGUGACUCUAGUGUUUUCAGACAAUCCCAUUAAACGGAGGAAAUGGAUUUUAAAGAAUAGAGGCUGUGGGAAAAAGCAAACAAUCUUGUGCAAAGUGUGACAUGUAAAAACACAGCUGCCUCACUAAGUGGUGAAUCAUUGUGUUAAGGGCUGUGCAUUAAACCGAAUUACAGCCUCCCCGUGCAUUUCAAUUCAGAAAUCUGGGCUCCAAGUUUGUAAAGAGCCAAUCGGUUAGCAGAGAAACUGGAAUUGGAGUAUUCUGUGUAUACCGCAGCUGUACUUUUCUGACUGGGCCAUUUCAGUGCUGUCCAAGCGUUCGCUUGUAUACCUAUAUUUAAACUUGUUUACAUUGUGUUUGGAGACUACUGAGCUGCAAAACAUAUCUGUUUCUUAAAAAAAGAUACACAAGUUGGAAAAACGGCUGUCCUCGCAGUUUAUAUUCUUAUUUGAUGUUUUUGCAACAAAAGCAUUUUCUUUUUCAAAAAUUGGGAAAGGAGGACAUGUUUGUGUGAGCCUAAGCCUUAGCAAGCUGGGAUUUGCAGUGCCUGUUGUUAACAGCACUGAGGGAGACUCUGGAGGACUGUCUAUUCCAACAGGCCUGGGGGAGCUGGAGAUCUCCUGCCAACAUCUGAAAGAUAUUUUUGUGCGUGCUUCUAACUCUCUUGUGUCGUUUAUAUUCCAUAUUGACAAAAAAAAUCAAGAAUUAAGACAUUCCAGUAGACUUUUAACAAAAUGCCGUUUCUUGGCGACGUGGACUUGUGGUUGAGUUAGAUUGGUCCAGUUCAGAGACGGACUGCCUCGUGAUGGUAUUAUCUCACUUUGUGCCAGAGAGAUGUGGAGCAAACCAAGAUAUGUUUUCUUUGACCUAAGACGAGAUUAUUUAUGCAUCAACUGGUCUCCAUGGUUUCCGUGUUCUUACCAGCCAGCUGCCUUGUGGAAAAUCCAUCUGCGAAACCGACUGAUCCCAUCGGAACCAACCUUUCUGUGUGGGGAAAGCGUGUUGUUUAAGCUGGCCUUUGUGGCCGACGACGAUUGUGGAACCCUUGCUGGAUUUCUCCACUCAUUUUCCUAACCCCUGACAUAGAAAAACCAGCUGUGUUUUCCUUGGUAUGUGUUGGUCCGGCGAUUUUAAUCUGUAAAGCUGUUCAAAUAAAAAAAAAUGGAAUUUUAA